AUGUUCAAUGAAAGAAGUAUUAAUGUUGAAUAUAGUCUUCCUUUAUAUUCAACUAAUAAUCCUAGAGGAAUAUUAUUAAAUUGUAAUUUAGCAAUUUGUUGUAGAAUGACACAUCAUAAAACAAACUUAAGUUGUUUUAUUAAGUUAUUUCAAAGGUUUGGAGAAAUUUAUAGUAUUUGGGGGUCUUCAAAUGGUAAAAUCUUUUUUGUUGAAUAUUAUCAACUUCAAGAUCACCUUAAUGCAUUAACAAGUAUAUCAUCAUAUUCAGAUGAUUCAAUUCAAUUUAAUUGUAAGUCAAUUCAAUAUUCUCCACAUCAAAUUGAGAUAUUAAUGACACCAUUAAAUCAUUAUAAAAUGUUUUCUUCUAACUUUUUUAGUAAUAACAAUGAACAAACAUUGGAUAAAGUUCAAAUAAAUCAACCAUUGUCUCAAAACAUUGUUGUAGAUAAAUCAAAAAUUGAAGAAAUAUUGAGACACAUUAAUGAUGAACUUGCUAAAAAGAAGAUAGAAGAAAAAGAACAUGAAUUAUCCACUACUUCAACAAAAGAAGUAAUUUCUAAUCUUCAAAGACAACAAGGACAACGUCCUAAAGAGAAACAAAAAGAUAAAACAAUAAAAGAAUAUACUAAACCAAAUAAAAUACAACGAUCCUAUUAA